AUGGGGAAGGAGGAGAGAGGGGUUCCGUGCUCAGGCGGAGACGAGGGAGGGUGGGUCCCAGGCUUGGGUGAAGCCUUGGACACAAGGGGAGGAGGGUGGGUCCUGGGCUCGGGCUCGAGCGCAUCUUGGGACACACGGGGGGUUUGGGUCCUGGAGGUCCAGGUCGGGCGGAGCCUGGCACCCGGGGGAGGGGCUUUGGCGGAAGGGGAGUGGGGGUCCUGGUCUCGAAUGAAGCCUGGGACACGGGGGAAGGUCCUGGGCUCAGGCGGAGACUGGGACACGGGGGUGGGGGUCCCGGGCUCGGACGGAGCCUGGGACUCGGGGGGAGGGUGGGUCCCAGACUCGAGCGGAGCCUGA